CCCUCCAGUUUACUCCACCACCUUUGCUCCCAUGGCCCAGAAUGGGGCAGCCAAGGUAGAGAAAGAAAUCCCCACCUAUGAAGACUUGGGAGCAGAGAGGGGCAUGACAGAUGACAUUUUUGAUGAGACCUAUCAAGAGAAGACUGGCCCCAAGCCUGCCGCCGUCUAUGUCUGGAGGAACAUCAUCCUCAUGGCUGUGCUCCACAUAACUGCCCUCUACUCCCUCUCUGUCAUUCCUGCUGCAAAGUUCGCCACCUUGUUGUGGGGAAUUGUGUGCUUCCAAGUAAGUGGUUUGGGAGUCACAGCUGGGGCACAUCGUCUUUGGAGUCAUCGGUCUUACAAAGCAAGCUUGCCUCUUCGGAUCCUCUUGGCUAUUGCCAACUCCAUGGCUUUUCAGAAUGAUAUCUUUGAGUGGGCCAGGGAUCACCGUGUCCACCACAAGUUCUCUGAAACGGAUGCAGAUCCCCACAAUGCCACUCGGGGCUUCUUCUUCUCCCACGUUGGCUGGCUGCUGGUCCGCAAACACCCAGAUGUCAUCGAGAAGGGCAAGAAACUGGACCUCUCUGACUUGAAGGCAGACAAAGUUGUGAUGUUCCAGAGGAGGUACUACAAGACGUCAGUGGUGCUGCUGUGCUUCUUGUUCCCUCCCUUUGUGCCUUGGUACUUCUGGGGAGAAACCUUUUGGACCAGCUUCUUAGUGGCCGCCAUCCUUCGCUACACCCUUGUCCUGAAUGCCUCCUGGCUGGUCAACAGUGCUGCCCACAUGUACGGCAAUCGGCCCUACGACCAGCACAUCAACCCCAGAGAGAACCACUUUGUUGUCUUCGGAGCUUUAGGUGAAGGCUUCCACAACUACCAUCACACCUUCCCCUUCGACUACUCCACCAGUGAGUACGGCUGGCGGUGGAACGUCACGACAAGUUUCAUUGACCUCAUGUGCUACCUUGGUUUGGCAAGUGACUGCAAGAAAGUAGGCAAGAAGACUGUUCUGGCACGGAAAAUUCGGACUGGGGAUGGGAGCCACAAGACUGGCUGAAGGCCC